AUGUCUAGCACGACGACACUAACCAUUCCCGCUAAAACGUCAUCCAUUGGAGAAUCAAUGGUCCCUUCUUGGCUCAGACUACACGCCCCCCAAUCUAACGGAUCCUCCAAAUCCUCGGCCCCGAGCUCGCGCUAUGAGAGUCCUGGAAAGGAUGCUUCUAACGGGCGUCCGAGGCGUGGCUGGGGCACGGGGAGACGGUUGGGGUCGUAUAAGGAUGUCGAUGGACGUUCGUCGAGUACCUCCGGUACAGCUCGAACGAAAAGUACGCCAAGCAGUGUGGCGACUAAGAACCGUACACUCAAAGACCGAUUCCUCGACAACGUCAGCUUCUAUGCCUCCGAGAAAGAGCACGGUAGAUCUGUCUAUCCAUCAGCACUGGGCGAUGAUGCAUCUAGGGGCGAGGAGAGGGGUUUCAAGGAGGACCUAUGGACAGCAGCAGAGAACUGGACCAAACGCGUCAAGGCCAAAGCGGACCCUCAUGUUAGAUUUGUGCGUGAUCAGUCGAGGGUGAGCAUGAAAGAUAUCGACGAGGAUGUGAUGACGGCUGCGACGUAUGGGCUGCUGUCAGAUAGGGAGAUGAAGGCUGGAGGUGGUAGUCUAUAUAUGGGGGAACUUGAGAAGGAAGAUGGGACGACUGAAUUCAGAGCGAAGGGAGCGAAUUGGCAGUUGACGAGCCGGGCGCCGACAGCGUCGCGGCUGACGUUGUCGUCGUCUACAGAUUCAUAA